CUCGCUCACCCUGCCUCGACAUCCUGGUCCCUUUCUUCUCUCUGCCGUCCGUCGCUCACACGUUCCAUCUCGCAUUGCAUUGCCACGGAAGAGCGCGCGCGCUGCCACGAUACGGGGCCCCCUUCCGGGCCGCGAGUCCCGAUCAAACGGUCACUCUGCGCCAGCGCACCACGCGACAGGGGACACGACACCUCGUUUCAGCCCGCGGCUAGCCUUCACAACGGUUGACCCUCGUGCGAUGAACGCUUGACGAGGAUACUCGCAUUUGGUUUGCGAUCGCCACGACAAUCAUCUGUUGUCAAUUGCUCAUCCUAUCUUUGUCGACCCCCAGCAAGGACCAGACAAGCAAGAGGCCCGACUGAGUGAGACACAUCCCGCAUGGCAUGGCAAGGUCCGAUUGAACCGCCAUCCCUCGUCUGAUCCAGCCUCCGUCUGAAACAUGACGCCAAAAGACGAUGGCGGUCACACUGCCAACGACGGCACGGGCGCCGAAGCGACCGGUGUAGAGGUUGGUCAAGAUGAUGGCCGUGUCCCGAGCACCCGACAUUCCUUUUCCUCUCUGCGGCGGCCAGAUUCACCCCAUGAGCCAAAGGACGACGAGCCCGAGGGCUAUGAAACCGACUCGGAAAAUGAGCCGCUCAUGGACCCGAAUCUGCCAGAGGAUUACGAGCUCCAGGAUUUGGCAAACCCGGAAGAUGGGCUGCUCCCUGGUAACGAAGCGAAGCCUCAUGAUGAAGAGGACUCACCAUACCCCGAAGUGCGGGCUGCCGUGCACAACUACGACCAAGAUCUUCCUUGCAACACUGUCCGUGCUUGGACAAUCGGCCUCUCGCUUGUCUUUCUCGGGGCUUCCAUGAACACUCUCUUCUCGCUACGCCAGCCUUCCAUCUCCAUCAACGCACUUGUCGCCCAGAUCAUUGCCUGGCCUCUGGGACAUGGCUGGGCAAGAGUCAUGCCUAACCGGCAGUUUACUACCUUUGGCCACACGUGGAGCCUGAAUCCUGGACCCUUCAAUAUCAAGGAGCAUGCCAUUAUCGGCGUCAUGGCUAGCGUCUCCUUCUCCGUCGCAUACUCCACGGACAUUAUCCUGGCCCAGCUCAUAUUCUAUAAGCAAAAUUUCGGCAUAUUGUUCCAGCUUCUCCUCACCAUAUCUACACAAUCUCUUGGCUACGGCAUCGCGGGCACCAUGCGCAAGUUUCUGGUCUAUCCCGCGUCCAUGAUCUGGCCAAGCAAUCUCGUUGCCGUUACCCUUAUGAAUGCCAUGUACGAAGAGAACACCCCAAAGGAUCCAUCCGUCCUCGGUGGCCGCAUGCCUCGGUAUCGUUGGUUCAUGCUGGUCACGAUAGGUGCCUUUGCCUACUACUUCAUCCCAGGGUUUCUGGUCAAGUGUCUCAGCGUCUUUGCCUUUGCCACGUGGAUUGCGCCGCAGAACGCUGUCGUAAAUCAGCUGUUUGGAGGCACCACUGGCCUGUCCUUGAUCCCGAUAACCUUUGACUGGACUCAAGUUUCGGGCUAUGUCGGCUCGCCCUUGAUACCACCUUGGUACGCUAUUGCUAACACAAUAAUUGGUGUCGUCGUCUUUUUUGUGCUUGGCUCCUCCGUUCUCCAUUACUCGGGGGUCUGGUAUGCCCAAUUUCUUCCGAUGAGCGACGCAAGUACCUAUGACAACACUGGCCGGCCAUACGACACUUCUCGCAUCCUCACACCCGAUUUCACGCUCGACGAGGAGGCUUACCAGAAUUAUUCUCCCUUGUUCAUCAGCACCACGUUUGCCAUGGCAUACGGCCUUUCAUUCGCUACCAUAUCGUCUCUCAUAGUGUACACCUUCAUCCACUAUCGCAAGCAGAUCUGGAGGCAGUACAGGAACAGCACAAAAGAGAAGCCAGAUAUACAUAUGAAGUUGAUGAAGAAGUAUAAAGAGGCCCCCACAGUGUGGUACAUGUCUCUAUUUGUAUUUAUGCUCGCCGUGGCCUUAUACACGGUUGUGGCUUAUCCGACCCAGCUCAGCUGGUGGGCAUUCUUACUUGCAGUGGCCAUAUCAUUUGGCUUCUCGUUACCCAUUGGCAUCAUUGAAGCGGUCACAAACAACCAGAUUGGCCUGAAUGUGCUCACUGAGUUCGUAUACGGGUACAUUCAGCCUGGCCGGCCAUUGGCGCUUAUGAUCUUCAAGACGUUUGGUUACAUCACAAUGUCUCAGGCAUUGCAUUUUGUUGCAGACCUCAAGUAUGGGCAUUAUAUGAAGAUACCCCCUCGGACAAUGUUUUGGUCCCAGGUCGUGGCGACAACGGUCUCGUGCUUUGUGCAGAUUAUCGUUCUGAACUUUGCUCUCACAAGCAUCGAUGAUGUGUGCGACAUUCACCAAAAGGAUCGGUUCACAUGUCCUGGCGGUCGCGUCUUCUUCUCAGCAUCCGUCAUAUGGGGCUUGAUCGGUCCUGCGCGCAUGUUCUCGCCUGGGCGCAUCUACUCGGGCCUCUUCGUUUUCUUUAUUCUUGGCGCCAUCACUCCUGUAAUCAUCUACUACCUUGCCAAACGAUAUCCCAAAUCCGCGCUCAAAUAUGCUAUGGCGCCGCUCAUCUUUGGCGGUGCAGCAGCGAUACCACCUGCGACGCCUCUCAACUACUUCUCUUGGGCCAUGGUUGGAUUCGUCUUCCAGUACUGGAUCAAGAAGCGUCACUUUGGCUGGUGGAGCCGUCUCAACUUCCUGACGUCGUGCGGGCUGGACUUGGGCUUGGCACUGGCGACGCUGUUCAUAUUCUUUGCAUUUACCAUGCACGGCAUCGAGCCACCCAAGUGGUGGGGAAACAACGUUGUGUCGACAACAAUGGACGUGCAGGGCACGGCGGUGGAGAUGAGCGUGAUGGAGGGCAAGAGGUUCGGGCCGGAAUGGUGGUAGAUUCGGGCAAGCUUACACAUCAUGCCGUAUAUACUCAUCAUGUCGUAUAUACUGGAGGCCAACGUGGACAUAAAUCUGAACGUGGAGCGCCUAGAGGACAUGCUGCUGUAUAGAAUAUGAUUUUUGUCAGAUAGUCUAGGGUCGUAUAAUAGUUACA